AGAGCCUAACUUGUGCCCAUCCUGCUUCUUUCACCAUGUUUGCAAUAUAGUCCAUAGUCACAUAUUCAGCUCGGCCAUCUAUCUUGCUUCCCAUUGCAGAUUAUAAAGCACAUGGGCAGCCAUCGCGUAGAGGUGGAACCGGUACAUGGAAAUCAUGUUCCUUCUGAAACAUUUGCAUCUCAUUCCUUCUGCUAUGCUCACCCACCGCAAAAACUGGUGUCGUAUCUGCGCCAACUGUCUGACCUGCCCACGGGCUAAUCGAUCGCGGUUUCACCAAGGGAGAUGCCAUUGCGAGGAGCGCUCAAUCAACCAUGUGUCCCCGCAAAAAGUCAAGGGCGAGCAGCUGCUCAGCUUCCGCUACCGCCAGAUCAGCGCAGACGAUAUUGAUAUUUUCAACGACAUCUGGCCGCGGUUCAGGUUUGUCACUCCUCCACUCGAGCGCAACCUGCUGCGUGCAAAUAUCUGCAGCACCUGCCAGCAGCGUCUCCGCCGCGCACGUUUGGCCAGGAACAGUCAUCUCCAGGGCAUCAGCAAGGGCGAUAGCACCGAGGACGAGGGUAUCGUUUUAUCCGACGAGGAAGAGGACCCGGCUCAGGUCUAUCACAGCACCAGACCUGCAUCUCGCGUGGGCAGUUUUGGUAGUAGCGAUGCUUCUGGGUGGACACCACGGGCGCAUCCAACCAAUGCUGCCAUGUCGCCGAUCCAAUACCCGAAUUCGUCGCUGCGAAGCACGAUCUCGCAGAACUUUGCCAACCAGCCUUUGCCAGAGAUGAUUGCUGCCCCUAUUGGCAGUCUCCCUCGCCCCACGGUUGGCCAGAGCGACACCUGCAGAUGGCUUGGAGCAGUGCAAACGCCAAGCUCGCUGCAUGUGGGGGAUAGAUUCCCCGCAUGUAAAGGCUAUGAGUGCAGGACUGAGGUACCGGACAGUGGUGGUACCGAAGGCCACAGUGCUACCGCUGUGGCUGCUCUGGCGCAGAUGCGCUACACGCAGCAGGCAGCGGGUCUGCCUGCAACGCCGGCCCAAGCUUAUGAGGUGGAGGAGUGUAAUAGCGACGAUGAUCAAGACGUUGCCUCGGCUGAUGAGCUAGACAUAACUCACGUCGAGACGCCCAACCAGGUAAUGUCCUUGCCAGGGGUUAGCAGCCUUCUCAUGGGCAUCAAUGCGCCCAACAAAAGGUCAGCGCCAGGUGCCAACAGCCUUGAGUUCCUUGCCAAGUGGCCGAUUUGCAACCGUGGCAUGUCUCUUGCCCGCGGCCGUUCAAGGUAA